AUGAAGGGAGCAGGGGGAGUAACCCAUCGAGCUGUGCGAGGUGACGAGAAGGAGGAUGUCCAACGACUGGGCUACCAGUACGGUGUGAAGUACGCGAGACCGCCCUCCAAGCCGUCCGUCGCUAACCCUCCGACACACGUCACCCAAACCGUUUCCCAAAGUCACCCCCGAACAGACGAGUUUAUGUCAAUUGAAAAUCUCAAGUCCUACGGUACGUCACUGCUACAUUCGUCUCUCCUCCAUUUACGACAAUCGCCGCCCUGUUCCUUCCACUCCCUCGGGACGCUGUCCUUCUGGAGAUCGGAACACGUCGCACUCGACCUCCUGACCGCCCCGAUUUUCCAUCACCAAAACACUGACUAUAUUCGUGCUUUAGACCCCUUCGCCGAAGCCGACGAAGACACCGGCGAGACCAAACAGUCUCAAAACUAUAUCCAUAUUCGGAUUCAACAACGCAAUGGACGAAAGACUUUGACCACCGUUCAGGGUCUCCCGAAGAAAUUCGACCAGAAGAAAAUUCUCAAGGUCAUCAAGAAGCAAUUUGCUUGCAAUGGCACCAUCGUAGCUGACAGCGAGAUGGGCGAGGUCAUCCAGCUCCAAGGUGAUCAGCGCAAGGUCGUGCAAGAGUUCCUCAUCAACACCAAGGAGGGACUCGGAUUGGAUUCCAAGACCAUCAAGGUCCACGGUUUCUAA